CAAUGGAAACUGCGUUGUUUACGUUUGCACCGAGAGCAGAACAAAGCAUUGAAUGUGCAAUUUUCAAUGAAAAUCAAAAGUAAAAUCAAAUAAAUGCAUUCAAUUUGAGGCAACGUUGCGGCAAGGACAAACGCGCAAAGCGAGGAAACGAUAUAAAAGUUAUUUGGCCGGCAGCAAAGAGUCUCAGUUUUACAUGAGCAGCGCAGGGCAACGCAACGUGCCAGGACGACGACGACAGCGAGCUGCAAUAGUCAACGAAACAGUAGAAGCAGAGGUUGGCACAAAAAGGCGAAGUCGAUACGGACAUUGUUGGCGUGACUGCGGCGCAUUAAAUCAACGUGUGAAACACAAAGCGGAAGUGCAACGCCGCCGUCGCCACUUGCCACGUCCCUGACCCUCGCCUCGAGUCUCUAGUGCAACUGGUGGUCGCUAUGGAUGUCGUCGAUGUUAACGCCUGGGGCGCCAAUUCUCAUGGCCAGCUUGGCCUUGGCUACGAAUCGGAGCUGUGCAUGUCACCGCAACGCCUGACCAAAUAUUCGUUUGUGCCGCAUUUGGUGCGCUGCAUUCGCGGUGGCGGAGGUCAUGUGCUCAUCCUGGACAGCAACGGUCGGUUGCAUGCCUGCGGCUGGAAUAAUCGCGGCCAAUUGGGUCUCAACUCGACGGAGGAGUGCCACAAUGAGUUCAGCAUGGUGCCCACCGAAUAUUUCGAGGAAGUGCCCAUCGAAAGCAUUAGUUGCGGCUGGGAUAUAUCGGGUGCCAUAACAGUGACGAAGCGUUUGUUCGUCUGGGGCUCGAAUGCCUUUCAGCAGCUGGGCAUUUGUCAGCGUGGCUUCAUGGCCGUCCGUCGUCCGAUGCCAGUCCGUCUGCCACGCGAUGAGGCAGCGCAGCGCAUCAGCUUCGGGUUGCGGCAUUGUGCGGUGCUAACGCAUGAUCAUAAAAUUUAUAUAUUCGGACGAUUGCGCAUCAUGGAUCCGCCACCAAUUGAACUGGAUAUUACGGCCACAUCGUUGCAUCGCGCCAAUGUCGUGAAGAUCCAGGCGCACAAUCCCAACGAGCUGCGCAUUGUGUCGCUGGUCAGCGGACAGAAUCAUAUGCUGCUCAAGUGCAUCGAUCUGGAGGCGGGCAGCCGGCGACGCAUCAUCGCCUUGGGCGACAAUAAAUUCUGCCAGUCGAAUGCCUUUCAGUUCGACGAGGAUGUCCAUCAACUGGCCGUCGGUUGGACCCACAAUGCCGUCGUCCUCAAGUCGCACAGCAUCCUGCUGUGGGGUCGCAAUUGCUAUGGCCAACUUGGCAUCGGUGGCUUCAGCGAACAGCAGGCGACACCAACGCCACUUCGGCUGCAACUGGAGCAGGGUCAGAGUCCGGCACGUCUCCACAUGGGUGCCGAGCACGGUCUGUUGCGGACCACAACCGGCGACAUUUAUACCUGGGGCUGGAACGAGCACGGCAAUUGUGGCAACAAUGCCACAGAGAAUUUAUCGCAACCAACUCUAUUAAAGCUGCCGGGAUUUGCAAAAUUAGCUGGCACUGGAGCUGGAUUUUGUUAUGCCAUUGUUGAAACUGUCGAAGAGGCUAUGGGACCAACAACUCCAUUAUAAGAUAGAUGCAUAUUUAAUUUCGUACUGUUGACGCUUUAAUUCAGUUGUUGUAUUUCUUGAUUAAAAUAAACAUAUUGUUAUCUUCAG